AUGAGUGCCAGUGAGAAGUGUAUUUGUCAGCUGUGCGAAUGCGGGUAAGUCAGUAAUGAAAGAUUUAAUUAUCAUAAUUACAGUAAUCAUCGAUGUCCGCACGAGAAUUCGGGAAGGUUAAUUGGAGAAAACGGAGUUCCGUUUGGCGGAACAGAGUAUGGAGAAACUUUUGUUCACAAGAAAGGAGAUCGAGAAAGAGGAAAAAGAUCUUUGCAUACGAGUUUGGGCAGAGAUCGGGUGAGGAUAACACAAAAAUAAAUAUUUUGCUUUAGGAUACGACCUUUGAUCUUAACACAACCCAUCGAUCCGACUUUACCGGGAAGAAAGGUGACUUUGUUCGAGCCGGAAGACCCCUCUCCAACAGAAGGCCGCCUUCUGAAGCCUUUGGCGGCCAGACCACACACCGAAGCGACUACCAACAGAAGGAAGUGGGUCGUGGAAUAAUAUAACAGAAUAAUUCUUUUCAUAGGCCGGCCGAAGCACCCCGUAUCGCCCUGAGGAUACAGUAUUCCGGAACACCGAGCCCUUGGAUGGCCAGACCAUUCAUCGACGGGACUUUAUUCCCCUGGAUGUGAGCCAAAGAUCUCUGGCCAGAAGACCGGCCAGUGGAUCAAGGCAUCUGUCAAGUCAGCCAUUUGAAGUAAGGACUAAUUAAUUAAAGACGGUUUUAAAGGGAUUAACGGAACAUCGAGAGCAAUUUGAUGGACGUAGGGCAUCGGUCCAGAGAGUAUUCCGACCAGAAAAUGGAUAUGUUCCCAAUACGGAUCCGUUGGAUGCUACAACGACAUACAAAGAGGGAUUCACGGGGAGAAAAGGUAAAGAAAUCUCUCUCGCUCACAAGUAAAAUUUAUUGCAACUACUCCUGAUAAUAUGAGUCUAUUAUAGCCGAACGGGCCCUUUUACAUCGACCUUUUGAUGACAGAUUAGAACCCACAGAUCCCUUUGAUGGGACGACCACCCAUCGGCAAGAUUACAACAAAAAGGAAAACCGUCCAUGCCCUGCGGGGCGUGUUUUGGCACGAGCGUAAGUAGUUAAUACUUUGCUAUUCUUUUAUAACAUACUCGGUGGGAGAUUUUAUUUACAACUGAUGUUGAGGUGAGGGGUACGGUAUAAAAGAAUGGGGUCAGUGAUCGGUUAAUCCAAGUUUUCGAAGUCGUAUACAUAGAUAGAUUGAUUAAUUGUAAGAGUGUUUGUCUUGAUUACAUUAUUUUCAGCGACCGUAAUUACGAACAUGUUGCUCAUCGAGAUGGCCAUCGUUUCUAUCGCAGAGUUGGUCUAAGCAGUGGCCAAACUCGGCAGAUGACUCGAGUUGGAUGA